AUGAGAGUAUUCAAAAUACGUCCUGUUUGGACAUCGCCUCCCUGUUCAUUCGCCAGGGCUUUGGAACUUGGAACAGCUUGUUCCAUCGACGCCAAACCCUCUGCUACCAGAGAACGGUGCAGCUCUGGUAGCACAACUGGCGCGGGCCUCAGCCCACUAACCGCAAAAUCAGAGAGCGGCAAGGGCGACGCGCACCGACUUGCGCCAACCAAGGCGCAAGCCCUGGGUGUCUCCAAGGAUGCAGUCCAAGCGUGGCUCCCCGAGCUGCACGCUUGGCUGCUCCUGAAGCCGGUGCAUCCGGCCCUGGAUGCGCCAACGGCCGAGGCAACACGGGUGGCACGGCAGGCAGAAAAACGGGCUGAGAAAAAACGGUUGGAGGAAGAGAAACAAGCAGAGGCGAAACGAAAGAGCCAAGUUGAGAAGAACAAAGCCCGCAACAAGAGGCGCAGAGAGUUGCGCCAAGAAGCACGCCAAAGCCAGGACCCUGAGGCGCGCGGGAAAAUCGGGAGAGCCCGAGACGCCCGAUGCGUCGCCGACGCAAACGCCAGGUCCGGCUCGCACGCGUGGCCGCCCUGGAGAAAGACAGGAAAAGGAAAGCGGACUGGAGAAGACCAACACGCUUUCCCAGAGGCAUAGGCCCCCAGUCACUCCUUGCCUCCGGGCUGAUUGGUCUUGUUCUGGCAGGUGCCAGCCCCACCGCCGCGGAGGCUACCCACGGUCUUCUCCUCAGUCAGACCGACUUCAACCAGACCGACGGAGAAAAAGGAAAGCACCUAAAAAC